AUGCGUCGGAAACACAAUUCGUUAGUUUGUGGAUUGCGUUACAAAAUGUAUCCUCCAGAAGUAGAUCCAAACAUUUUUAAUAAGGUGCUUGAAAUUACACACCCUUUUGUACUUUCCAUGGAAGAUUACAUGGAUAUUAAAAACGCACUUUUAGCUGCUUUGCGUUCUGGACUCAAACUAAAGCGUAGAGAAAAAUCUUCUGUUAAGAUGUAUCCCUCAUACGUCACAAAAAUGCCAACUGGCGAAGAAUGUGGUCAAUAUCUGGCCUUGGACCUAGGUGGAACUAAUUUUCGUGUCUGUCUCGUGACUCUUUCCGGUAGAAGAGAACCACCAAUUGUUGAACAGCGAACACAUGCCAUUCCGGUGGAAAAAAUGCGUGGCACUGGUCAAGAACUUUUCGAUUACCUCGCAGCAAAUAUUCAUGAAUUUCUUCGCUUACGCGGUCUUCUCGAUAAAGAAUUCAAAUUAGGAUUUACUUACUCCUUCCCUUGCGAACAGGCUGGAUUGAACACGUCUUUUCACGUUCGGUGGACAAAGGGAUUUUCAGCUACCGGCGUCGUUGGUCGUAAUGUUGCUGAUUUGCUACAGAAUUCCAUUGAUAAAACAGGUGCAAAAGUGAAAUGCGUGGCGGUAGUGAAUGACACGGUUGGCACUUUAGCAGCGUGCUCCUUGGAAGAUAAAAGGUGUGCGGUUGGUCUCAUUGUUGGUACCGGUUCAAAUGCCGCUUAUCUUGAGGAUAUUGACAAAGUUGAACUUAUUACUGCUCGAAAACUCAGUGGUGAGCUGAAUGAAGAUGAGGUCGCCCAUGCCAAGAGUGUCGUUAUCAACAUGGAAUGGGGAGCUUUUGGAGACUAUGGUGAGCUUGACUAUUAUCGAACGGAAUAUGAUGAGAUUUUGGAUAAGGAAAGCAUCCUGUCAGGAAAGCAAAAGUUUGAAAAGAUGUGUUCAGGGAUGUAUCUCGGUGAAAUCGUGCGUUUAAUUUUAUUGGACCUUAUUGAUAAAGGCUAUCUGUUCCAAGGACAAAUUCCAGAGCGUCUACGUAAUAAAGAUAGUUUUCACACAAAGUAUAUCACCGAAACUGAAAGGGACCCACCACAUCUUCUCUAUAGCACAUUGUACAUGCUGACUGAGGAUCUUCUAGUUACUUCUGUCACGCCUCAAGAUAGCCGAAUAGUGCGUUAUGUUUGUGAGGUUGUCGCUAGUCGUGCUGCUCACCUAACUGGUGCGGGCAUCGCCGCUGUCUUGGAGCACAUCAAACGCCCUGAGGUCUCCAUUGGUAUUGAUGGUUCUCUCUACAAACUUCAUCCCCGAUUCCGUGAACGCAUGACUGAUAUUCUCGACAAACUUCUACCUCCUACCAUUCACUUCCGCCUCCGACUCUCAGAAGAUGGUAGUGGAAAGGGUGCGGCAGCAAUUGCAGCCGUUUUUUCAAGUCAAGAAUAA